AUGGGUAGUCAGAAGCGAAUCGCCAAGGAGCUAGCCGAGCUCACCGAAUCUCCUCCCGAUGGCAUCUCCGUCGAACUGGUCGAUGAAUCGAACAUCUACGAAUGGAAGGUCUACAUGGAGGGACCUGAGGGGUCACCAUACCACAAAGGCCGCUUCCUCAUGAAACUCAGCCUCCCCACAGAAUACCCCUUCAAGCCGCCCGCCGUAUCCUUCGGAACGAAAAUCUACCACCCGAACGUGACCAACGACGAAAAGGGAAGCAUGUGUCUGGGGAUGCUCAAGUCGGACGAGUGGAAGCCUAGCUCGCGCAUCGCUGCGGUGCUGGAGUUUGCGCGCCAGUUGCUUGCGGAACCUAUGCCUGAUGAUGCGGUCGAGGGGCGUAUCGCGGAGCAGUAUAAGAAUGAUCGGGCGAGGUAUGAUGAGAUCGCGAGGGAUUGGACGAGGAAGUAUGCGACUGCGUGA